AUGAAAGAGAAAUAUGAGCAUGUGCCGAAACCCAAACCAUGGGAUAAUAUAAACAGAGACCCCACAGUUUCCCCACGCCUCUCGCCACACCUCUCGCCACGGCCGCCCUCACGACUAGGAUCAAGAACGUCGCAGCGGUUUUCACCUAGAAUGGUACCUCGAAGGUCACCCAGGAUAAACCCUUCCCCGUUAUUUCGUGAGGGAGGCGAGAUCUUGCCGCCCCCUCAACCGGUUAUCGGUCACGGGCAUAGUAUUCCAGGUUUCUUUCCUAACGAAGUUCUGCUGCAAUGUUUAGGCCGCCAAGUGUCCAAAUUCGAAACCAGCGAGUGGAUCCGGCAUAAAAGACACGAAAUUCAAAUCAAAUGCCCAAAAUGUAUCCUGUUAAGCCAGCUGCAUAGUUGGGUCAUUGACGAAGAAGGGGUUGAGACGGAAAGCCAUCAAAGACAUCUACGCUCAAACACGUAUCGUGGGAGACUAUAUCUCACAACGGAGCGGCUUGUUUUUGUACCGAGAAAUCCAGAGCAUUCUGGAUAUUCAAUAUUUAUCAGUGCCAUCAGUAUGCUUAAGAUCGUGCGAGACCAAGCGGGACAACCUUAUCUUUGCUGCUACGUUGAAGACAAAAUGGCCCCGCUACCUUUUGCCACAAUCGCCCAGGCAGAAGUCAUGCUGAGGCGUAUCGCAAAUGUUCGAUUCGAGCAUUUACUCCGAUACCAUGUUACCCCAGAGUACGACGUCUCCAUCCCACCGUCAUAUGCUGCAAGCCAGGAGUCUAUUUCAAGGCUGUUGAAUGGUAACAUUUCAGAUCUUAACCGAGAAGACCCUAAGUUUAAAGAUCUUAUCCACGCUCUCGGUGCAGGCGAGCAAAAUUGCACAGUCGACCCAAACCACAACGGCUAUAUCAUAGGACCAAAGGCUCAUGCAGUUGUAUAUGCCAAGCAAUUUAGUAUAGGGCCUCCGGCAAUGUAA